UGUGCACCCCGUUGGAAGUGGGUGACUGUGCUGGGAGCCGAGCAGGCUGCCUUCAUGGAGGACCGCCAGAACACGCCGUCGGUGCGAAGCUCCUCUUUUUUGUAUUUCAGGGGGUCCCCCUGUGUUUUCAGCACUGCAGCUCAGCAGAGAAGUACGGGAGACGAGUGUGGCCCAGAAGAUCCCGAUGAGCCCAAGCAUCCCCUUUCUGACUGUGCCUUAGAGCACAAAGCCAUCAAAUUGGAAGAACAAGUCCGGGAUUUAACUGAGCGAUACCGGAAAGCCUUGGCAGAUUCUGAGAAUGUUCGGAGGAGAACGCAAAAGUUCGUGGAAGAUGCCAAGCUCUUUGGGAUCCAGAGUUUCUGCAGGGACCUUGUGGAGGUAGCAGACAUCUUGGAGAAGACCGCCGAGAGUGCCGCAGAGGAGACAGAGCCUAGUAAUCCAAACCCAACCCUGAAGAAAAUCUAUGAAGGCCUCUCUCUCAUAGAGGCCAAAUUGCAAAGUGUUUUUGCCAAGCAUGGCCUUCAGAAGAUGAACCCUGUUGGUGGCAAAUACGAUCCAUAUGACCAUGAAAUAGUCUGCCAUGUACCAGCUGAGGGAAUGCAGCCGGGCACAAUAGCCCUGGUGACUCAGGAUGGCUAUAAACUCCACGGUCGCACCAUCAGACAUGCACUCGUCGGUGUGGCAGUAGAGUCACAGGAAUGACAUGGGCUUACCCAUUGGCAUCUGGGACCUACUGAGCUGGGGACCCCUCAGCUCUCAGUCACAACUGCAGCUGCAUGUCUUUACUUAUUUAUUAAGCUGGGUUUGUAUUGUAUGUUGGCUUCUUUACAACGUGUGCAGUCAUUUUGCUAUUAUUUCUAAGGUACUUGUAUAU